AAUCCGGGCCGUCGGUGAGAUGCGCCAGGGGCGGCUGGUGUAGCGGGGGCAUGGCGGCGCUGACUCGCGCAACCAUGGGGGCCCUCCUGCUGGCCCUCAGUCCGGCCCUGUUGCUGAUAUGGCUACCGUACGCGGAUGCCGCGACGGGGGGCGGCAGUAUGUACGGCGACGUCAACAUUUCUGCCAUCUUGGAUAACUUCAGCGUCAGCUACGACAAAAGAGUAAGACCGAAUUAUGGAGGACCUCCAGUGGAAGUUGGUGUCACGAUGUACGUCCUCUCCAUCAGUUCGCUGUCCGAAGUCAAAAUGGACUUCACGCUGGACUUUUACUUUCGGCAAUUCUGGACGGAUCCGCGGCUAGCGUACAGGAAACGUCCCGGUGUCGAAACGCUUUCUGUGGGUUCCGAGUUUAUUAAAAACAUAUGGGUCCCUGACACAUUCUUCGUAAACGAGAAACAAUCUUACUUCCACAUCGCAACCACCAGCAACGAGUUCAUACGAAUCCACCACUCUGGUUCCAUCACGAGGAGCAUACGGCUGACGAUCACUGCCUCAUGUCCAAUGAAUCUUCAAUACUUCCCUAUGGACAGACAACUUUGUCACAUAGAAAUCGAGAGCUUCGGCUACACGAUGCGCGAUAUUCGAUAUAAGUGGAACGAAGGACCGAACUCAGUGGGGGUCUCUAACGAGGUGUCGCUGCCGCAAUUCAAAGUCCUGGGACAUCGACAACGAGCAAUGGAGAUCAGUCUCACAACAGGAAACUAUUCUCGCCUGGCGUGCGAGAUUCAAUUCGUGCGUUCUAUGGGCUACUACCUCAUCCAAAUCUACAUUCCGUCUGGUCUUAUCGUGAUCAUAUCGUGGGUAUCGUUUUGGCUGAAUCGUCAUGCUACACCAGCUCGAGUCUCUCUCGGAGUGACCACUGUGUUGACCAUGACAACUCUAAUGUCAUCGACAAACGCCGCGCUACCAAAAAUAUCAUACGUCAAAUCUAUAGACGUCUACCUGGGCACCUGUUUCGUAAUGGUGUUCGCUAGUUUAUUAGAAUAUGCCACUGUUGGCUACAUGGCUAAGCGCAUCCAAAUGAGAAAACAGAGGUUCAUGGCGAUUCAGAAAAUUGCAGAACAAAAGAAACUACAAGCUGAAGGCGGCGGGCCAGGAGGCCCCGGCGAUCAUUCCCAUGCGCCCAAACAAACAGAGGUGCGGUUCAAGGUUCACGACCCGAAGGCGCAUUCCAAGGGCGGCACCCUCGAGAACACAAUCAACGGGGGGCGAGGCGGGGCGGCCGCCGACGAGGAGAGCGCCGCGCCAGCGCCCCAACACCUCAUCCACCCCGGCAAGGACAUCAACAAGCUGCUCGGUAUCACUCCGUCGGACAUCGACAAGUACUCGCGCAUCGUGUUCCCGGUCUGCUUCGUUUGCUUCAACUUGAUGUACUGGAUCAUAUAUCUGCACGUGAGCGACGUGGUGGCCGACGACCUGGUGCUCCUGGGAGAAGACAAAUAGAGGGCG